CUAGUGUAGAUAUUUACAGCCACAGAUAGGAAUAUUUAAAUUUUAUUAUAAUGACUUUAGCUUAAUCACGUUUCAUUAUAUCUGAAUUUAUUUUACUUGAUGGUUUUUAUUUUAUUCAUAGCCUAUAUCUACCGCAGCGGAUUUUUGAGUGUUCUUUCGGUAUUAGUGUGAGAUCAGCAUGGCGGAGGGAUUUGCACAAUGCGUCUCUGAAGCUCUAAAAUGAUGAUGAGUGUUGGUCCUCACUCUUGCACACACACACACACACACACGCGCGCGCUCGCGCGGACUUUUGCAGUGGAGCGCAGUGUUCAGACACACACACAGGAUUUAGUUGGCUCUGUUACUAUGGCUGGGAAAGAACAUUAGAGUUAUAGGAUACAUGAGAUUUUAUUUAGGCUAUACUUAGAACAUUUUAUUUAACUUGGUGGAUUUUGGAGAUUCGUUCAUUUCCAGAUAUCUUCAAAGAUGCUGCUGUCCAAAUUUGGAUCUUUUUCUCACAUUUGCGGUACGACUAACAUUGACCACUUGCCAGUGAAAAUUCAGCUGCAGUCAGCUAAAGUGGAGAAGGAGCAGUUUGAUAAGGUGUACCAUGUGGGCUCGGUGCUGGGAAGCGGUGGAUUCGGGACUGUGUACGCCGGCACUCGCGUUUCAGACGGUUUGCCGGUCGCUGUUAAACACGUGGCCAGGGAAAGAAUUUCCGAAUGGGGCACAAUUAACGGCUCACUGGUCCCGCUGGAGAUUCUCAUGAUGAAGAAAGUGGGAAACACAUUUCAGGGUGUUAUUAAACUGAUCGAUUGGUACGAGAGGCCUGACGGGUUUUUGAUCAUCAUGGAGCGGCCGGAGAUGGUUAAGGAUUUAUUUGACUACAUCACCGAAAAGGGCGCACUGGAUGAGGACACAGCCCGGGGAUAUUUCCGCCAGGUCCUGGAGGCUGUGCGACACUGUUACAGCUGCGGUGUCAUACACCGGGACAUUAAAGACGAAAAUCUGCUGGUCGAUUUACGCACAGGAGAGCUUAAACUCAUCGACUUUGGUUCAGGGGCCAUUCUCAAGGAUACCGUGUACACUGAGUUCGAUGGUACAAGAGUCUACAGCCCACCAGAAUGGAUUCGCUACCACAGGUACCAUGGACGUUCUGCAACGGUGUGGUCACUUGGUGUGCUGCUGUAUGAUCUGGUUUGUGGAGACAUACCAUUUGAGCAUGACGAUGAGAUUUUGAAAGGUCAUCUCUUCUUCAGAAGGACAAUCUCCCCUGAGUGUCAGCAACUCGUCAAGUGGUGUCUUAGCUUGAGACCAUCGGACAGACCUACAUUGGAACAAAUAUUUGAGCAUGAGUGGAUGCAUACAGAGAAAGACUCAAAACCUCUGACCGGGGACAUCACACUUCAUGCAAUCCGCACAGACUCAUCAUCCAGCACAAGUUCAAGCAAAGAAAGCCUCUGACAGCAAUGGAUAUACUAACUGAUCAUUUAUCACCCAAAAUAGUUUGGACUUAAUUUUUUUUUGUUUCAAAUUAAUAUUUUUUUUUAACACUCAUGGGAAGUGCAAAUGCAGUAAUGCUAGCAACCCUAUGGCCAUACUCUUUGCUCUUAUAGAGCCUAUUAUUUUAAUUUAGUUUGAACUGUUACUUACUAGUGCCUUUUUCAUCCCUAGAAAGCUGCUUGGUGGGACAAUAAAAACUUUUUAUUUGCUCCCUCGCCCCCUUGUGGUGGACUAUGUUCUCUCUCCACCUCAUUGCCACACGCAUUCUACUACAUCUCAGCUCUUGCCACAUAUUGGCUUUUGGAUGGUAGAUACUUUUAGUGAAUUGCACAAUCAAUGCAAUAUGAAUAGAUUUCAAGUUUUUGAAUACAAGUAUUUGUAUUUAUUUAUAUUCACUCCCAUGUGUUAUUUAUUCAUAUGAAGCAAACAUUCCACAUUCUGUGGCUAUUUAUUUAUUUAUUCAUUUUAUGAAUAAUGCUAGAUUUGAUACCCAUGCCUUAUCCUGUAGUUAAAUUGAAAUACCCACAAAUAAACUAUGCCUGUCUUAUACUGAUACACAUUUAAGUGGGGAGUGUUUAAGUGAUUGCAUUCUAAUGUACCUUGACUCUAGAAGCUGUUAUCUGUUUUCCAUGCUAGAUGAAAUUAACAUUCUAGUUCAUACGUCCACUGUGACUGUGGAUUUCUCCCUUUCUGCAUUGUUUCACAAUGCAGAGUUUAUUUUUUUUUUAUAACAAUAAAUUUGUUCAUCUGAAACUUGUUUAAUACUAUUUUGUCAAGCAUAUCCAUGUAACAUCCAGCAGGAUGCAUGUACCACUGCAAUGAUUCCCAUUUGAGAUGCAAAGGAUAUCCUUUUUAUUGAGCUUUUUAAAAAAGGAUUUUCUUGUAGUUUGUACACAUAAAUUCUGCCUGUUAAGGAAGCUAAAUUAACUCAUAAUCUCAC